CCAAAGGGUAGAAACAUCAACCAGCAAACCCAAGUGCAAGAUCUCCGACCUCCCGACAUCUCCACCUGACAACAUGGGCCUUUCCGACAGCGAGAAGUCCGCCGUCUCUUCACUCUGGGAGAAGGUCGCCCCUCAGGCCAACAAACUGGGCGCCGAGUCCAUGGAAAGACUCUUCCAGAAUCACCCCGAGACCAAGUCCUUCUUCAGCCGCUUUGACAUCAGUCCCGGCUCUCAGGACCUCCUGACCCACGGGGGAAAGAUCUUCGGUGCCCUCGGGGAAGCCGUAAAGAGUGUGGACAACCUGAAGAAGUACCAGGACCUCCAUACCAACAAGCUGAAAGUCAACUCCGACCACAUGAAGCUCCUGUCCGCCGCCAUCAUCGAGGUUUUCUCCGCCCACUUUGGAGGGGAAGUCAACCAAGCCGCCUGGAGCAAGUUCCUGGGAGAGGUCGGAGCCACCCUGACUUCCAGCUAAUCGUCCCGCCGAGGCGACUCCUGACAAUCCAAGAUGGCGGUUCUAACUCUUCAGGGAAGGGUGAUCGACCACAAGUGCUGAUCGACCUCCAUGUUCAGUCUUCUCUCUGCAUGUCUGACACUCCCCUCCCCUCCCCCCCUCCCUCUAGAGUCUAUAUUGUUUACUCCUAACAUUGACUAGAACUUGUAAUAUAAAUGUAUUCGUGGCGCCGGACGGCGUCCAAAGUAAUCAAAUAUAAUAAACUCGUCUUUCCUGUC